GUAUUACAGCCUGAUUAAUCCGACUACCUACAGAAGUUUCUGUGUAGUGAUAAUGUAGGUCAAUGUAUAAUCAGGGUAGGUCAAAUCACCCUAUCACUCAAGGAAGAUUAGUUUGACUGACUGCAUGCAGAAUGGCAUUGCAAUGGAGCCGGUGUGCACCGUGACUGUGAAUAAACCAAAUGCAAUUCUGCGCUACUGAAGAGAAAUUAAAUAAUCCCUCCUCUUCCAGAGCGAUCCUCUUCGAAACGCCCUCGGGGAGGAGGUAGUGAAGUAGCAUUCUGGUGACAGAGGACCAUACACGGCGAUCGAGGUGGAGGCUCGGGCCGAUUAGUGCCAGCGCCAUGCGGGGCUGUUUUGUGAUUAACUGCUGCUGGGGACUGGGGUAUGGAGAUGUUGCGUCGCUCCUCAGUAUUCGCGGCUGAAGUGAUGGAAGUAUUUGACCGAUCCCCCACAGACAAGGAGCUGGUGUCACAGGCGAAGGCGCUAUGCAGGGAUUUCAUACAUUCCAGGCUGAACAGGACCGGGAUUGGGUGGUCGAAACCCGAGCAACAGCUGUCGGCAUCAGGUGGGACAUUUGGAGAAAUCUCCUCUGUCCUCAUGUGGUUAGGUGAUGAGUUGGAGUACCUGCGGCCCAACAUUUACCGUAAUGUAGCUCGUCAGCUGAACAUCACCGUUGCGUCUGAGAGCGUGGUGUCUGAUGCCUUCCUGGCUGUGGCUGCAGAGAUCUUCUCCACCGGUAUAACGUGGGGGAAGGUGGUGUCCCUGUACGCGGUGGCGGGUGCCCUGGCGGUGGACUGCGUGCGCCAUGGUCACCCAGCCAUGGUCCACACCAUCGUAGACUGCAUGGGGGAGUUUGUCCGCAAGAGCCUGCUCUCCUGGUUGAAGAGGAGAGGAGGAUGGGCUGAUAUCACAAAGUGCGUGGUGAACACGGACCCCAGCUUCCGCUCCCAUUGGUUGGUGUCUGCUACCUGCGCCUGUGGACAUUACCUGAAGGCCAUGGUGUUUCACCUGCUCCGGGACAAGUGACAACGGAGGAGGAGGAGGAGUUGGAUCACGACCACAUAAUGGACAGCCUGCCACAUCCACCAGUGUAGGACAGGAGAGCCGUGGUCCCAGAUCUGUUUUGGGCUAUCAUGACAACUCUAUUGCUGUCAUUGUCAAGCCAAAACGUGUUUGUUUUGUGUGUUUCAAACAAGGAGUUUGUCAUGACAAUGAGUGACAAGGAGUUGUCAUGACAAUGAGUGACAAGGAGUUGUCAUGACAGCCCAAACAGACUGACACUCAGAGCCAGCAUCUGUUUAAGCUGUAGCUAUCACUGCUCUAGGGUCUAGAUAUGUUGUUGUUUACACCUGCAGAAGUUUGCACUGAACCUCCACCACUGCCACUGACGAGCACCUUGGGCCUUCACAAACAAACAAACAAACAAACAAACAAACAAACAAACGCACGCACUGGCCUGGAGCGUCAAUGUGAAUUAGCUUGUUAGCUAUGUCUGCUUUGAACACCCGUCAGGGUAUUUAUUAUUUCGCUUGACAGUAAUAUUGUGACGUACAGAUCCUCAAGCUGGAUUGUGAGGUAGUAGUCUAGUCAACAAGAUCCAUACCAUCAACAUUUGACUUGAAUGGGAAUGCCCAUUCUAAUUAUUAUAUUUCUGUGUCUGGAUCUCUGUUUUUCUUUAGCUCCCUCGGAGAGAGUCACAUUCCUUGCUUUCGUUAUGCUUGCAUAGACUGGUUAACUGACGAAUUCACGAAAACCAUGCACGCGCUUCAAAGAGGCAGAAGGCCUUGUGUUGUGAUUCUGGAUGACCAGAUAGCUAGCAACAAUGACAAGAAACUGCCAUGUGGGGAAUCGUAAGUGGCUCG